UCAUGAGCGAUCCGUGACGAAUUUAUUUGAACCACUGCGGACUAGACUCCAUACGGAAGCGAUACAAAAUGGACUUAUCUAAAAAGCGACAAACGUUCACUCCCGAACGACAAGCCAGUCUUAGUGUGGGAGAAAAUAAAGCGCCAGGGAGGUAUCUUCCUCGACCAUCGCUUCAAUCUAAACGAUAUUCAAGUCCACCUGGAACACUGCGUCUGACUGAGGAAGUCGAUCAACAAAACCAAACACUAAAUCGGUAAGUUGUGAAACCAUAAAAGUAUUUAAGUGGCUGGUUCGCGUAUUUGUUGUUUAAUUAACCGUAGGGAUUGUUACCGCAACGAUACACUGUUUAUAUUGAGCGUCGGUGCUCAUUAGAUGCAGUCAGUCUUCUUUUAAAAGUUGGAGAUAUUAAGAUUUGUAUGAGUUAUUGUUGUACUAAUUCUCGUGAUACAACCUUAAUUCCUGAGGGUGUUAGUAUUCGCGCUAACACGGCUCGAUAUUAUUUGUCAGUUGAAAGCCGGAAUCAACAGUUCGUAUUUGUGUGAGAACAAUCAUGUUUGGUUUACCAUGCUCUCGCAUAAUUUUGUCACAAUACCUAUACCGAGAUGCCAUGAAAUUCAGUUCAGUCUGUCUAUGAUCGGAGGCGACUUCUACUCCACAAAGAAAUGUUUACAUUUGCUUGAUUUAAAGGUGUUAUUUUAAGUUUCUAUGUGAUUGUCUGAAGCUAUGACGAAGAGCACUUAUGUUCCAGCCGUGUAUCUAUUCCGCGCAAAUUUUGGCUGGAACCGUGUAUAGACUUUCAUAUAAAUAUAAAACUUUUCAAUUUUCUCCUCUUCACAUUCUAUUUCUGCAUCAAGGAGGUUGUGAAACCCAAAAUGAUAAAGAAGACGUCUGGCUCAUUAACCAGUAAAAUUGUGGAACUGAUAUUGACAUUGUUAAGCAUCCCUUGUUUACGCAUGAAUCAUCAGUUAGUCUUUGUUGCAGUUAGAUUGGAGGUAAAAGUUUAACUCGUCCCAGUUAUCUCAAUCAGAACCAAAAUUUUCUGUGCUGUUGGCUCUAAAGACAUACGUGACGUAUUUUGAAAACUACUAGCAACACAUGGGUGGGGGGAGUGGGAUUGUUUCUGUUUAGAUUAGGUUGGCAAGCUACUUCAAAUGUUUUAUUUACACAAUCCUAUACUAUCAUAAAGUAAAAGAUUAAAUCAAACAAAACCGUCGGACGAACAAAUGAAAUCCAAAUCAAACCUUACUAUUUUUCUUCUUUUGACCUUCUCAGAAGUUUAUUAUAAUUCAGUGCAUGUCUGUAACAAGAUACUAUCACGCACGUUCAUCCAUGAUCAAAGACGUCAUCGCGAGAUGCUUUAUUUAUUAAUCUUGUUAAACAAAUACGGCCGCGUAAAUCAGGACUCAUGGUUAAAAAAUUCGGAAUUCCUUUUAGUCUCCUGAUCCUCUUUUUUUUUAGUUCAAAUUUCUUAUAAGAGGCUGAAACUUUCGAACUUAUUAACAAUUCUUUCAUUCAACCGUAAACUUCAUUACCCGUUUUGACUUGAUCAAUUUGUAAUCACGUAAAGUUUGCGUCGAUAGGUCACGCAAUUUUUUUUAGCAUAGACACUGGAUGAGUUGAUGCUUUUUGCUGAAAAUAAAAGUUAUGAAAUUUGUGCUUAAAUCUAUUCGAUAUGGGUAAAAGGCUAUCAUUUUUCGAUGUAUGAAGCACUCACAUGAAAAAGUGAUCCUGAACUGAAUGCGUGACAAGAUGGAGUGUUUACCCAUCACUGAAUCUCGUGCAAGAAACGUCUUUUGUCGCUAAACUAAACACAUAUUAUAUUUUGUAGAACUCAAAACUUAUACCGGAACAAAUCAAAGGUUUUUGCGAAAUUAGUUCUUAUUGGUUUUAUCAUGACGAGGUUUUUUUUUUAAUUCAAUCAACCACGGUUUUGAUUUCGGCCUUUUUUUUGUUUCUCAUUUGUAUUAGUAGAACCCCAAUUAACGAUAAGGCUAAGAAACAUAAAAGUUUUCUCACCAAAAAUUUAAUUUAAGAGAGGGGUCAUUUAUAAAGGUUCAUUUCCCGUUCCAAUUUUUUUCCAUAGCAUUUACGACUGGUUCUUAUAAAUGACAAGAAAAACGUUGAUUAUGACGUUCAACAGACGUACUCAGGUCUCCUUGACUCGCAAUUAAAAAGGGAAAUACAUACAUUAGUGGGUCUUCGUUGGUCACUUAGCAAAUUCGCUGUUCUCAUCUAGAUGGUUAUUCCCUCAGGGGAGUUUGAAGAUUCUUUUUACUCUCAUCAAUUGUUAACCAUACGAUUCAGGACUGAAAUGCCUAAAAUGAUUACAAAAUUGACCCAAUGACAUCAGUAAACUGUACAAAAAAGGCACGUUUAUCAUUUCGCACGUAUCAGUGAUAGAUCAUAAAGAUGGUUAAAUUAUCAUACUCCAUAAAAAAACAAAAACAAAAGAUGAAUAAAUAAAUUGAAGAAAACAAAAAAAACAGAAAAAACUCCCUGUGGCUGAGUUUUAAUUUUAAAAUAACACGUCAUGGAUAAAUGCAAGACGACUUGCAUAUCAAAAGUAGUUAUUGCUGAAUCAUCGCCUCCAUAAAAUUUUAAUUUUUUAAAGGUCUAAAUUUAAGUGUUUUCCUUUUUUUGCACCGUGAGAUAAUUUUUCUCAGAAUUCAUUUAAUGUCACCUCUGUCAUUUUUGUGAUCAUUAAAUUAUCAGUCUUGGAAGUUAUUUUCGAUAGUUUUGCGUGUGCGUGUGUUUGUGAUUUAUUUGCAGCAGAAGUCAACCUUCUCAAAACGUGCAGCAGCUGAUAGUGAUGGAUUCGAAAAGCUUUUCCGAAACUCUAAGGAAUUCGAAAGGAAGAUUAGCAGUUACAAACUGAAAAAAAAAUUCUUGCGUUAGAGAUUUCACCCUGAGCAAAAAAUUAGGCUUGAUUGUGGUAAAGCAGUAUCGACAUAAAAUACAAACGAAAAAAACUAGAUGGUAUUCAUCUUUUUGCCAGUGCAGAUCACUUUCCGGACCGGACACUAUUGAAAGUAUUGUUUACAAGUUGUAGUAACGUCAACAAUAGGAUUUCUUUCAAUAGAAAGGCUCGAAAAAAUGGACCCUUUUAUUUUGUGACAUGCGAAAUGCCGAAAUAACAGCAUCGUCAAGAAACAAAAUUUAUUAAGAAAACAACAAGUGAAAUGACGCUAGAAAAGGAAAAAGUGUUGUACAAAACGACAAUUGUCUCGUUUUCGGAUGUUUGGAGAGGCAGAAAUGCGACAAGGAGCAUUUUGCAUGUCAUUAAAAAUCCUGGAAUAAAUAAAUUAACAAAAACCUAUCCAUCACUAAGGGGUCUCUGGGCAAUAUUAUCAUUUGCAAUUCAGCUUUUCUAACGAAUGUGAAAUGUUUUCUCCAUAAAGUGAACGUCAUCACUGGAAGUGAAAGAAUUGGGUUUAUUUUAAAAGCCGUCAGUGAUACAGAAGCGACUUGUUUAGGGCAAUACGUUUCAUCAUAGUGGGAGGACUCGGAACAGUGCUUGUUGACUUAAACUUGCUCAAGAUUUGUUACCUUCUUCAAAGGCAAAGUUAAGUUUCUGCUUAUUGGAGUAAAUUGUCUCCUGUUGUUUUCGAAGAUUCCAAAGAAGGCCAAUCGGUAACUUAUUAAUAAUUCAAUGUGUGUGCGCAUUUCUGUUGAAAGGCACCGAAACCUAUGCUAUUAUUGCUAACUGCCUCAAUCAACGACUUGUUUACAAUUUACACGUAUUGCGCAUGAAACCUUUCAACGGGUCACGGAAAGCCUACUGCGUAUCUGCGUAUUAAUUAACGUUGUCUUCAUCACAAGCUGACGUUAUUAAAACCCUUCUGAAAGCGUUCGGUCGAAAGCGACAGUUUUGUUUGUUUACAUUCGUGGAUCAGUGCGUUCGUUUGAAACUUUAUUUUUGUUGGCUGAAGGACGAAGGAAUAUAAACCGCCGAUGUUCAAUUUUAAACCAUUUGGCACUUCCGUCAGAUAAAGCACCUGUAUAUUCGUUACCAGCGCUUCAUCAAGUGCCAGGUUUGUCAUUCGAACGCGUCAUAUUACAUCAACCUAUAUUUUACCUUCACAAACUUUACACUCAUAUUCGGCAGGUUGAAUUGUACUUUUUAAAUCCAGUCUUAACUAGGAAAACUGUGGUAAUCCUGCCAUCAUCGCGUGUGUUGGGGAAAUAACCCGAUAUCGCGUGUGUUUGGAAUUUCAUUCAAAUGCUUCUAACGAAGACUCCGUCUGGCACCGUUUAGCAUUCGAUUUUAAUGAUUAGUUUGCAGUUGCGACGUUUACUUCAGAAAAGAACCGUUCCGCUUGUUUAAACGUCAAACCGAGGAUCUCUGAUUUUACGAGUUUUGGUUCGAUGGUUAUACAUUUAUAUUGAAUUUUGGUGGACUUAUCUCACAGUAUGGUCACAAGGACAAGAGCUUUUACUUUCACAUACAGGUAAAUAAUCUCCGAAUGCUGUUUUUAAAUAUUUUUUGCUAUUGGAGGCGGGAUUUUGAUUUCUCCUUAAACAUAAUUGUCACUUGUUCACCGCCAAGAUAUUUCUCUCUUCGACUAAAUUUUACAAGACUCAGCUUAAACAGAUAUUGUAGACAAAAGAACCGAAUUUAGACGGUGAAGCCGUUUGUUGUGCGUGUUUUGCUUCGGUGUUAAUAUUUACACAACUUAACUUUUUCCAUAAUUUCACGUUCUUUUCAUUACACUGUGAUACUUGUUUUUGGUUAUUUCGAGUCGUAACUCAGUUUUUUACAUUUCAAACUUAAUAUUUAUUUUGUUAUGCGAAAUUGCUCCUUUUUCUCCGUAGUAAAUUCAAUUUGUAGUCAUUUUGUAAAGAUAUGUUAAUAUGCAAAAGAUGCAGUUGUCUUUAAAUGUAUUAAUUUUCCCUACAAAUUUUAUCGCGAGUACGUCAGUGCUAAAAGGGGUCAUGACAUGACAGAUUUGCGAAAACCUUUCUCAUGGGAAUUAGGCAAUGUGAAAGAGCAAGGGAAUUAACACGACAUCAAAUUUUUUUUAAGCCUCUCUCGAAAGUGAUAAUAGAUAGAGUUCUGCACUGGUGUUUCAAGUCAUUAUUGUUCAAAAUAAUGUAUAUUUUUUAUGACGGUGCAUUGUUUUGAUUUACUCGUAAGAUGUGGUACAAAGUUGUGUGCGCAUGUUUUUUAAUUUUAUUUUAGGGGAUAUAUGAGAUCCCCAUAUUCUAAUGUAUCCAGUUAACAAUGGAGGACUGAAUUUUUGUUGCAAGAGAGUUAUGUUUUUGUCAUAUGUUGAGUCACGUCUUCCUUAAGUCUAUUUUAUUUAUGUUAUUCUGAUUUUCAUUUUGAAAUGCAGUGAUUUAAGGGAAUAGAUCUUAAAACUAAAUUAACAUAGCUGGAUGGAGCUGGUCCAAUGUCUGAGAAAUAUAUUUGUUUGUGAGUUGUUUACAUUAGCUGACACUAGAAUUGAUCAAAAAACAAAACUGAACACAACAAAAAACAACUCUAGUUACUUCAGGGGUAUAUUUCAGACAUUCUAUGUGCUGGUUUAUAGUAAAACAAUGUUUUGGCCAUGAAAGGUCUUAAAAAGUUUGGCAAAGUAUUUUUGAGUUGCUUGGAAAACUAGUUAAGUAUUUAUGAUUUCCAUACUCCAAAUGGCAAUAAUCCUUUGUUGCACAAAGGAUGCUUGACAAUACCACAAGAAUGCAAUUUUGGUUGAAUUUUGGUAACAAAAUGUACAUUAACCUUGGAAAGUUUAUUUGGUUUAUUUCAAGCUUGGGAACAAAAAUUUUGAUCAUUUGUAUGCUCUUCCCUGAAAUUUUUAGGCAUAAUAUUCAUUUCUUUUAUUAGUGGCUGAUAAUGCUCUAGACUUAGACAAAGUUGACCAAUUUAGACAGAUUAAAUUUGUAAUUUUAUUUUUUAAAUAAGAAAGAUAAACAAUCUUGCAAGAGAAAAGAUGCUCCAUUAUAUCUUUCUAUUUACAAAAAAAUUACUCUAAUGUUUCUUCAGCUUCAGUAUUUUCAAUUACCUUUAAGAACAAAUAAAUUUGAUUCAAUUCAGAGUUUGUGGCAUAGUAAUUAAAAUAAUGGUUACAUCAAUAGCUAUAGUGACGAUAAUAAUACCUAAUAUAAUAGCUGGUUUGGUAGCUUACAUUGUUUUUUCUUUUUUUAAUCAAUUUGUUUUCCUAACAAUUUUAAUUUGUUUAGCUGGCUAAUGACACUGGGCAGCAUUAACAUCUAAAUGGAACCUUUUAAUGGAAUAUUUAAUUGUAAAAACUCACAGACCAACUUGCCAAUGACACUUUGCUCUCCUGUUACUAGUGCUCCUUCUCCUGAUAUUGGUCGAAGAUCUGGUUUGAGCCGAAAACACUAUUAUGGCUCACUGGAAGCUGUAAGUAUACAACAAUUUACAUUCAGAUGAUGGUAUUUAGUAAUAUAUAGAUUUAGUCAAGCCUAAAAGCAGAGCUCACAUUUUUUUCCCGCACAUCUCAUCAACAAAACUAAAGUCCCUACUAUGCAAACCGUUAAAAAGUUUUCCUAACAAUAUGCAACAAGAAAAUGUAAAUUAAUCUCGAACCCAGAGUCUCCUUAGCUAAGUGUUGUGCACACAUUAUGCUCAAACAUCUGAAAAAGAGUAAAGCUAUGGCAUUGAUGUGCCCGCGGUACAGUUAGCAGCGCAUGCUAAAGGUAGCACCUUGUGGUGAAGUUGGUCGUACGGUCGUACGGUCGUACGGUCAUACGGUCCUAUGCUCUUAAGUCCAAAUUUUCUUGGCUUGGUGGGUUUCUACUAUUUCAUAUGAUUAUGGGGCUACACUGCGCACGCUGUGAGCUCCUCUAUUAUUUUAGUUAGUUGUCAUAAAACUUAGUUCUUGCAGUUCUCUUGUCCCAGUGCUAGGAUAGUUGAAGAUGUUUUUCAGUCAUUCAAGUACAUAGAAGUAACCAACCUUAUAGUUGAGCUGUAUUCAUUGCCAAUUUCUCAUCUGUUUUAUUUUGCUUUAUAUAGAUUAACAGUGUGCAUCAAAGUGGAAGUGACUUGAGUGACAAUGCAGGGCGGUUCAGAAUGGAGAGUGGUGAAAUUGGCAUGCAGCCAUCAGUGCCACAGGUAGGUGUCAAAAAUUGAGUAAUACUGUAGUUUAUUUGAAAAAAAAACAAAAGAAACAAUCUGAGAGGUAUGUCUAUUCAAGCACAAUGCAGGGAAUGUAGGGAGGUAGUCAACUGCUUUCAAGCCAAUUAUAUUGUUCCUUAGAUUAAGAAGUCUGGCUUGUAUGACAAUUCUGGGUCAUUUUGUUUUGUUCUCCUGGAUAAUGAGUAACCUUAACGAAUAACCUUAAUUGGGAGUCUUAAAGUGUAUAUUUGCAGCCUCUGAACCUUUUUGAGAAACCUAGAGAACCUGUACUCAGAGCCUACCCUGUUGCAGGGUUGAAUUCUGUGGAAGGAUAAUUUCAACAAUUGUGUUAGGUGGAAGACAUUACAAUGAUCUACCAUAUAUAAUAUGAAUAGAUGCAAACAGGCACAAAAUGAGCUAUUAGCAGGGGUUAAUUUGUGUUCCAAAGUUGAUUUUUUUAGACUAUAGUAUGUUCUGAUUUCAUGGGUCAACUGAGCUUCUUUAUUUUCCUUAAUUAUACUUGCUCCUACUCAGCUGUUUUCCCAUGAGUAUCCUGCAGCAUUUUAACCUAUUCUAUCAUGUUCCUGUUGUUAAGAAUGGAUUAGCUACAAGGCAAGGAAGUGGGGUACACCUUGAGAAUCCUGAGUUCCAAACAAGAUGGUACUUCAAGUAUUUUCUGGGAAAAGGUAACUUUUUACUUUUCCACAGAUCUCUUUCAAUUUGGUUUACUUUUUUGUAUUUAACAAAUAAUCCUUUAAUGUAUACAAGGUAAGAGAUCAUGUUAAAAACUAUAUUUUUUAAAACAGACCCGACAUUUUGUAAAUUUAGUCACAAAAAACUAUUUUAAAGUAACUUCUAACAGUUCAUAUUAGCUUUCCGAGGACUUCUUUGGAUUGAUUGGUUGUAUAGUGGUAUUGUAACAGGUUUUGGCAGAGUACGGUUCUGAUCUCUUUGUUGUAUUUAUAUUAUUUCAAUCUUAAUAGUUCAUCAGAAUUUUGUUGGCAUCGAUGGAAGCAAGAGUCCUUUUGUUCUAUCUGUUUGCCUGACAGAUUCAGAUAACUAUGGUGUUCCACAAUACCGAGCCAUUCUUUGGAGGAAAACAGUAAGCUUUGUAGUUUGCUUUGGUGUGAGAGGAAUUCUUGACUUGUACAAUUUGAUAUUAACAAUGAGUUCCAGCCUUUUUUUUGUUUUCUCGUUUGCUUGAUUCUGUAACUCAUUUUAAUGUUAAGGAAAACAAAGGGUUUCCUUUGUUUGUUUAUUAAACUAAAGAUCUUUGAGAUGUUAUAUGCAAAACUGAAUGCUUUUCCUAUAAGUAAAUUUGUCAGAAAUUAUAAAAGUUGCAUGAAAUAAUGAGCAAACAGUUGGUUAUGCCUUAGUACAAGGACUUCCAGUGUAAUGACCUUUAAUUGGGUCUUGCUCUGAAUUUGUUUAUUUUUUGUAUACUAGUAGUUUUUUCUUACAACAACAAUGAAAACACAUUUUAACUUUGGUUUUAGGGUGGUCAGAAACUAUGCAUUCCAUACCAGCCAAACAAACCGAUUUCUCCAAAGACUGUACUACAGUAAGUAGCAUUUCUUACUCAAAGAUCAAAAGGAUGAUGAUGCUAAGACUAGGAGAUUUCAGUACAAGUGUGUUAUGUAAAAGACACAAAACCCAAUGAUUAUGAAAAAUUAGUGAACACCCAUUAGUGAGAGAAACUUUGACAGAAAGGAAGAAAAUGCAAAUCUUAUCUUAUCAUGUUCAAAUUAUUUCUAGAACACUGAAUGAAAGGGAAGAAGUUGAGACUGGUUCAUUACUGAAAGCAUGCGAUAUUAUUGAGCAUUUUUAAAUGUUACGGGUUUUUGAAACACUAAAGGUUUCAGAGACAUGAUACUUGUAACUUAUAUGUUGUCUGCCUAGCUGUUGAUUUUCUCUCUCACAGCGUUAUUUUCCUGCUCAACCUCACGCAACAUUUACGUAGAUGAUAAGAGUCGGUCAAUUAUUAUAAAUUUUUCUUUUUCUGUGUCUGUUAGAGCGUAUGGAGUUGACAAGUUUGACAAAGGUCCCAGAGAGGUGCUAAACCGUGAAUUGCAAAAGGUUAGGCUCAUUGCCAAUGUAUGCCCAUCUGUUUUAAAAUAGGUUCGAGUAGUUAUUAAUAGUCUAGGUUUUAAGCCAAUUACUUCAACCAGAAGAAUACAAUUUAAAUAUGCUUAUUAUCAAAACUAUAACAGAAUUCUCGAACGUGAUUGGUUAUCACCAUCCCGAUUUGAGCACUAAUAGGUUAGUGUAUGCGUCAUGCUUGUAAUUGGACAGUGUAAUAGGACAGUUAACUGUCAUACCUGUGUAAGUGAAUAGAACGCGUCAUUUGCGCGCGCUGUUGUCGUGCAUUUCGUUUUUUUUUUUUAUGAAAAUGUAUAACCGAUCUAGUUUCUUUCCCAAAUUUUGUCAUAGUUUUGAUUGAUUGGUAACAGGACUUUGUGUCGUUCAAUUCUAUCCGUAAUCAUACUCGUGAUUAACAAAUCGGACUCCCGCUUCCCGGUCGUCCGAUUUUGUUAAUCACUCGUAUGAUUAUAGACCGAAUUGGACUCCACUCGGUUCUAUGACCAUUAUUAAUUGUACUGAGAACAUAGCUAAUAAGGAUUUCAUAACAGUAUAUGCGUCUUGUGGUGCAAGUUUUUUUAAAAUUUUCAUUAGCAGCUGCAUCAAACUUUUCCACCCUUUAGAAUGCUUUUUUCUUUUUGUCUCUAGUUGCCUUUUGGCAGGUCUAAUUUUCUGCGUCACAAAAAAAUGUCUCAGUCGAAACUAUCGGGAAAGCCCUCUGUUAAUGAAACAAGGUUUACAAUACUUUCGUUCGCGCUCUUAAAUUCUACAUAAUCAUCGUAAGAGUAAAGAGAAGGUGGGCCACGAUUACCUUCAUUCCACAAUUUGGCAUAGAAACUGAAGCCUCGUUCACAUUACACCGAUGAUAUUGACAGGAGGAUUUUCAGUUUUCUUAGGGAGACAGCUCUCGUUCAUUAGGCGAGAAAAAUAUCUCAGCUCAGUCCCCUGUUCUGUAGUAGAAUGUCCCCUCUCACAUACUUUGCCAACACACACGCUGCUUAUUUGUGUUCUUUUUUCUAUUAUUCUGUAGGAAUUGCUGGUUUUGGAAGAACAGGAGGUAAAGCAAGUUGUACACUGUGUUGUGUGUUCAUUCUAAAUUUCCAAUUUGGGUUGUAUAGCAACAUCACUUAGUAAAGCGUGUUAAGACUUUUAUGCCAUUUUUUCUGCAGGGAUCCGUAAACUUUAAGUUUGGAGUUCUGUAUGCAAAACAGGGACAAACAACUGAUGAUGAAAUGUUCAGUAAUGGUAAAUAUUCUCGCUAGUCACUGUAACUAUACAGUUGUUUGCCUUUGUCUUGAUAGGACUAAUUUUCUGUUAAGGAUGUAUCGGAGCGAUUUUUUUUAGACUAAGGUUCUCCUAAUGUCCAGUUUACUUUGAAAAGUGUUCUGUUGUUCAUUCCACGAAAAAGUAUACUGAGUAGAAUUUCCGCACGCUCGUAAUGAAGUAGCGUUGAAUUCCUGACAUACCCGAGUGCUGUGUUUGGAAACCGCGAUGGUGGUCAAUUCCUAUCACCGUGAGAGCUUAGUGUUCUACAGGGAGGCUAUUGAACACCUCAAAAAUAAUGUGUUUCGCCCAAGUCAGCUCUCCCAAGAGACAUUUGUUGGGUUAUAUGUUAUAAAGAGAGUUAAUAACUGUUUGUAUGGAAAAUUCUACAAGUAUCCAUUCAGUACAUUUUAUGUCUCACCCAAGUACUGAACCUUUUGCAGUGAAGGUCAGCGAAGAUUUCGAACGUUUCCUAGAACUGCUGGGUGACAAGAUAGAACUCAAGGGCUGGCAAAAGUAUCGUGGGGGACUCGACGUCAAAAGUAGGUCUGAUAAAUUUAGAAGGUUUUCGUUUUCGUAGCCUACUUAAACAGGCCACUCGGGCAAAGGACCAUUUGAAGGUUUUCAUAUCGUGAUAACACAAACCGUCCGCACACUUUGCGCUCCGACAACCUGCAAAAGUGCAAAAAUAGUAGAAAAACAACCCUUUGUUAUUAUCAGUUUCUUUUUUGUUUUUUGUUUUUUUUUUUGUUAUUUUUUCUUAACUGGUACUGCCCCCGUUUAAACAUCACUUCUCAACCAAAAAAAAUUUCAUUGUUCGUACUUUUGAUUUAUACAAGGAGGAAGCUAUUGCUCUUUGUAGUUCUAGUUUCCUAUUGGCUGCCAUCAUCAGGAUGGCUCCGAUCACGAUAAAUGGAAUGUAAUUGCGUUUGGCUUUUUUUCCCCGGCAUGCUGCUGAAAAUCAUGCCGGGCCACCACAAAUAGCCUGAAAACUUUCCUCUCGUUACCAUGAAUGCAAUUUGGCCGGGACCUAUUUUUACUUCUGAGUCAUCGAAACAUUUUGAGAAUGGAGUAAAUCACCCUAGAACUCAUCAAAAUUACCGUGGCCAAGUGUUGAACGUUGGUACCGCCAAUUCAUGGUUACGGUAUUGGAUUACUCGCUCCAACAGUUAGUUGCACUAUAUAUAUUAAGUGUUACUAUUUCUUCAGUGUCUCAAGUUGAAAGCUCCACCUCUUUUGGAUUUCGAGUUUCUUAUUUCUAUUUCCUUUUCCUUUUUUUUUUGGCUUUAGACAACAUGACUGGCUUCCAGUCUCUUUACACAAUUUACGAAGGACAUGAAAUUAUGUUCCACGUGUCCACUUUGCUGCCCUUCACACCUGACAAUCCACAACAGGUUAGCAAUUCAUUAGAAUUCAGUUAAUCUUCAUGAUGGUUAAGAAUAAAACUCACCGCAGCAUUUCCUUGAAUCUUACAUUCAUCUUUAUAAACAGCUUUUUUAUUAGGCUUUGAAAGUUUGUUUAAUGCUACGUUUUAAGAGUGGAAGGAGAAAAUUGAAAAACAUUCCAAAAGUGGAGGCCCACCUAUAUUUGACGAGUAAGCCUUUGGUCGCUAUCGGCGGAUUGGUGCCUUCAACGGCGUUAAGCCAGCACAGAGGUGUAAAUUGAAUGAAUUUUUUUCCUACCAUUUCAGGUGGAGCGCAAACGCCAUAUAGGAAAUGACAUUGUUAUUAUUGUCUUCCAAGACUGGGAUGGGAAGUCUUCGUUUAGUCCUCCAGCUAUAAAAUCCAAGUUUGUUCGUAUCCUUUAUUGAUAACUAGGGAAUGGUCAUGAUGUGUGAACUAACUCGAAUCAAUUACCUUCUCUUCUCCCGAAAGAAGACUAUAUUGGACUCGCUGUUGUGGUUGUAAGGCUUAACAUACAACUGUUGAGACCCUUAACCUUCUUUAAGACAUAUACGCUCUUGUUUCUUUCAACAAAUUGGACAACAGCUAUCGGUAAGGUCUCCGGCUCCUUAGUUUUGAUUUAGCUUUGUGAGCUACUCAUAAGUCCAUACGGAAAUGGGAAACGAGAUAAUGUGGUGUUCUCUGUUUGACAGGUUGACAGUGUUCUCUGAAAAGAAUGUGCCAAUCUUCGGCCCACCAUUACCAUGCCCACCGGUUUUCAGUAAUCACCAGGAAUUCAGAGACUUCCUUCUGGUCAAAUGUAAGAGCGUCUUGUUUUUUUCAAAACGCUGGUAACAUUCUUCUCGGUUCUCCGGUCAUUGAACUUUGUUCCUCUCUCUGUUUCCAGUAAUGAAUGGAGAGAAAGCCGCCUACGGAUCACCUACGUUUAGUAACAGGCGUCAGCGAACACUGGACAGCCUUAUAACUAGGCUUCUCCAAGACCACAUCCACGAGGUAUAUCCGGAUUUCCUUUAAAAGAAGAUUUCUAAGUAAGAGACAGAGGGAUGAGCUUCACUCGAGACGUCGGACAAUUGUCCAAUAACUAAGGACAUACAAGCGGGAAAGUAACAUGUAUUUGGUAGUUCGGGGGAAGGCUUUAAACUUCCAACAGUAAAUAUCCUGAUAAACUGCUUUUCCGCUUAUUAGCAAGUAUGUUUAGCUGAAAGAAUCGACGUAACGUUUAUAUCGUAAUAGGCAUGAUAUUUUUCAAGGAAGCUUGCUGAUAACUUGGAAAUAUCUUAAAUGUUUUUCUGAUCUCUGAUUUCUCCUGAAUGUAGAAACUUGGCGCCCGUAAAUCGUGGAAUGACGUUAUCACGGACCAAUCUCGAGGCAAUCGGCGGAAAGGAAUGGAAAGAGAGCAAGCUUUUCUUCAGUUCGGCCAGGUGAAAGAACUCGUGUUUGCAAAUUAUCAGAUUACGUAAAAUCUAAUAAAUCUGAUGUUUUAAAUACAUCUCAAUGUUAAAUACCAAAGUUAUAUUGAGUCUCAUGUUUUCUUUUUCAUUUCCUAUGACUCACUAAGGAUCAACUGAUAAUAAAACUGAUAAAAAACCGAUGAAAGACGUCUUAACAAGAAUAUGUUUUCGUUUCUCUCCAGUCGUUAAAACUGAACAAAAUAGUGAAAGGCGAUGCACCAACAAGUCUAGCGAGUACGUCAGGGAACUUGAAAGUUGAGGUAUACUGAUAAAUUUUUAAGUGAUUCAGUUUGAAAAUAAAUCGGGCUUAUUUCUAGUUCAUUCUUGAUUACAGCUGUUGUUUUUACUCUUUCUUUCUUGUUCAUAGCCGUGGAAGCCUCAGUGUAUUUUGGAGGACUUUUCAACAAAGAUAUUUUGCGGGGAUUCUUGGGGUAAGGUGAUGGUCAGUCAAGUGAAAUUCAGCAGUACACAAUAAGGGUAUUGGUCUCCCUGUGCACUACGGUGUAGCUGGAUAUUAUGUCGUUCACUGAAUAUUUAUUCAAUUGAAAAGGUUUGUUCGCGACUUCAUUUGUCGUUGUGCCGUAUAACGUCAGGGAAAUCGUUAAAAUCGCCGAAACCUUCUUCAAAUAGGUGUACUACAAGUAUUCCUCCAUGGCAAGAACUUUGACGCGCGCCGGUGCUGACUAAAAUCGCCUCUCCCUGCCCCUGCCCGAGAUGAGAGGUUACCCAUGCCCCCUCUGUCCUCUGUGUUCAUUCUCGUUGAAACUCGGCCUAGGUCACUGAGAGAGGCUCGCUUAAUACUUUUCCAUUUUAUCUUGGAGUUUGUACUAAAGAAGAGACAUGAACUGGCUUAACAGAUGUACAUGACGAAUUAUUCCUCUUGUCCCUUUUGCAUUCUUGUUUCCCCGCCGGGUUCAUAGAAAUUUUUGGACUCACUUUAUACAUUUUGAACGACUUUGGCUUUCAUUUACAGGCGAUAGUUUAGUUCUGGGAACAGAGGAUGGCAUUCAAAUGCUUCAAGGUAAUAAUAACACGUUACAUAUUUAUUACAUAUAUACUGAUGUCGCUUUGUACUUAACCUCGGUUUUGCUGCGCCAGAAGUUGCAAUCAGUGGGAAUUCUGAACAGGAAUCGAACCCUCAAACUUCUGGGUAGUGGACUUAAAGUUUGAAAUUUUGUACUCUUAUUAUAUAUUUAUAAUUUCUGUUGGUAUUUUCUGUAUCUUUUGUCAAAAACUUCUGAAGUUAUGUUGGUUUUCUAUUUCAGGAGCAAAAAGGCGCUAUAUAUUUGAUAAAUCAGUGGUUGCGAAACAAAUCAACGUAGUGGAAGCUUUUGGGCUUCUUCUUUUUCGAGUGGACAAAGGUAAAGAGUUCCACUCCUCCAAGUUGUACGUCUUUAAACUGACAGACUUCGAAGACGAAGAUGAAGAACCAAAGAACCGGCAAUUUUGCAAAAAUCACAGAGUCGAGAAAAGCAAAGGUAAGCUUAGAUCACAGAGGGAAUCUCUCGAACCCAAAGGUAGAGAACAUCUCAAGGAAAUCUUCACGUAGUCAUUCUGUAACCAUUUCUUACUUUUCUGUGUCAUGCCUCUAUUCAUCGCUCUUACCUUUUAACAUCUGUUGCUGCAGGCAACUCUCGCUAAGGAAAAAACCUUUUUAUGUUCGUUUCUAAAACUUUUUGACGGCAUAUUUAGGAUGCCAUUUGUUCGCCGUGAGUCAGUCGGGUGAUGGUGAACUGAAGCUUGCAGUGGCUGUUGGGAGGAAAGUAGCGCUAUUACGCUGGAAGCAUCCUGUGGUGUGGAGCACUUGGACUGUAGGAAACAUCAAAGAUGUGGCGGACGGAUUUGAGAUCAUCAAGGUAUCAUUUAAACUAUUUCAACUGGGAAUACUUGUCCAGUGUGGCUGGGACAGAGUUUAACCCUCCCCUCCCCCUUCUAUUGUUUCUUUCUUCCUCUUCGCCCACCUGGAGUUUCGUAGCCAAACUCUUCUUCUUUUCAGUCUGAAGCCAAUCACGGCGGUCAUGAAAGGAUCCGAGAGUCCUUACGUGACGAUGCAAAUAUCUUUAACGAAAUAUUCUACUCACUGCUUCUCGAAAUACUCGUCUUACUUUUUGUGCAGGAAGUGACAGUUGGUGAAGCGCCGAUUUUAAUGACGUUGGUUUACACAAGUUCUCAUGAAAGUCGUGUUUGUGUUGGUUACAAGAAUCAGUUUGAUCUCAUCAGUGAGGCAGGAGACGUGUUCAAAAUACACAGUAUUGACAAACAAAAGGUAACGUCACUACUGUCAAAAUCAGAAAGUUACAAUAAUGUGGAUAUUUAAAUUUAUCCUAACUGAAUUGUAAGUACAUUUGAAAUGUUAAUCUAAAACUGAACCACGGGAAGUGUGAUGUCAUUUUUCUCAUGACGCUCUUUUCUCUUUUGACUUCGGUCAUGAUUGCAUCAUUAAUCGUUAUCAUUCACUUUGUGGCACAGAGCCGCAAUUCCGGAGAGAUUAAUUAGGAGUCGGGGAAGCAGCGCAGUCGCUGUUAACUUUCGGUCCAGGUCUCUACCUGAGCACUCACCUGACCGGUAGUUUCCAUCAAUUUAACCCCUUGACUCUGCAAAAAUAGCUAACUUUUCUGCCCAUCGGCUAUGAGGUUUUAAUAUUGUGUAUUGUCUUGGCAGAAGGCCACUCUUGUCUCGGCAGUAGACGUGUACGAAGAAGAGGUGUCAGAGUUACUUAUUUCCUAUAAUCGUAAGUCAACUGAAGACCAAACCGUACAGUGAUAUCUUUAAGGCUUGUACCGGGUAGAAGAAACGAGAAGUUUACAUAAGUAUUAAGUGUUCUUCUCAAAGUUGAGAGGAGAAGGGAAAUACAGUCAGCUUAAAAUGGAAAGGAGAAUAAAUGAUUUCGAGUAAAACCCAAGAGGAGGGACUUACAAUAAAUUUCUCUCCCUUGUACUCUUGAACACGAUUCACCAACGUUACCACGAAAUCGUGGUAUUGGCUGAGCGUGUAUUGCUCUGUGGAGUCUUAGCUUUCAUUCAUUGUCAUUUACAUAUCUAUGAUCUAACCGAGAGAUUUUUUCCAACAGACCAGUCAAUAUUUAAAAGGCUGACAGGAGAGCAAUCCUCAAACUUUUCAUUCCAAUGGAACUCGGCUCCAAACUCAGUUGGUAAGUAAUUGUUGCUUAUUUGCUAUUAUUUUCACAAAUCGCGUUUGUCGUAAACGGUAAAACUUUUCAAUGAGGAGUGUUCUUUCUACAGUGGAAGUUGUAUUUUACUGACCUUCAUAUGUUUUUUUCUUUUCAUAAAGCUCUGUAUUUGUAAACAAUGACACGUUAGAUCUAAGGCCAUUAUAUUUUUUAUUGGACAACGCAACGCAUACUAAGGGCGCCCCUCUCCACUAGCGAAUGCGCAUAGUUACCUACAAUAAUUAGUCAGGAAAAAAAAAACUUGAAGAUACUGUGUUUAAACUAGUAGAAUUCGCUUCAUACUACGGCCACAGGAUUAAUACUGUAGGGCCGUAUGUCUCCCAGGGGUUUCAAUAAAAGCCGGUUACCAGCGGUCUACCAACGCCUUUAACCCUUCAACUCCCAAGAUCUAAUUGUUAAUUCUCCCCUCUAGCAGCAAACACUUUUUCUGUGAAUUAGUUUUGAGAAUUUGGUAUUACAUCAGGGUAACAACUUCUACCUGAUAAGUUUUAGUAUUCUCGUUACCUAUUUGCUGGAUAAUGUACAGAUAUUAAAGGGAAAGUUACAUGUUAGUGACUUCUGGGAGUUUAAGGCUUAAUAACUCUCACCGCCGUCUGUUUAGCCCCCGAGCAGGCUCUCGGUCGUGUUUGGGUUCCGCCCUCCGGCUCCUUUACCGAGCACAGCCACCCAUUACACCAUCACUUAGCAGCCGCUCAUGGACAAAGUUAUUGAAACCCCUGUCUCCGUGGACCAAAACGUUCUGGUCUCUUUCACAGUCGACUUCGGCUUAUCUUACUGUCCUUUGACAACACGAAAAAGUCGUGCUGGCUUCCUAAUAAAAGAAUGAACCCCAUUGGUAUUUGUGUGAUCGAAUGCAUCUAACUUUUUUCCUCUCUGCCCUUUAUUUUAGUGUGCGCAUUUCCUUAUUUGCUGGCUUUCACAACGAACACCAUAGAAAUUCGUCUUGUCGUCAACGCAAACUUGGUGCAUACGCUCGUGUUACCCAAAGUCUCCCUAAUUUCAGCAAAGGUAAGAAUCUGCGUCGGUAUGUAUAUGCUCAAUAGGAAGAACACGCAGUGCUAUGUAUGGAAGAUUCGUUUAGUAACGGGGUAAUCAACUCUAACAAGUUCUUUUGCUUAAUUCUUAUACGACCUUCUCUGACCGCAUAAACUCAUGUAAUGCCUUAGAACACUCUACCUUUGUUUCUUACACUUGAUCAGGCGGACAUAUACUUCAGCGCGUCGCCACCCAAAUCAUCGAACUCAUCAACUCAAGCAACUGGAGGCGUUCAAACCCAGUCGUCUCCCAGCAACACUCAAGAAAAAACUUCGUUGUACAAGAUAUCAACAAUUUCCCUGAUGGGACAGUUUCUUGAUCCUCCUCUUACGCGUAAAGCAACGGAUGAUGUUACCAUGGCACCAAGUGUUGUUCUCAACUCAAAUAACGAGGAAAUCUCUAUAACAAGGCAGUGCAGUGAUUAUUCCCUUGAAUCACGGGAUACUAUUGACAAGGAUUUUCCCAUAAAAGAACCCGUGGGUAGAACAGCUUCGUGUCCACAGUCACGAAAAGUUUCGGACCCCUCAGAUCCGCGGGGUGCCGUGAAAUAUUCGACGAGUAGCAUUACAUGGACAACAGUGUGA